AGUACUAUGCUGAAAUCUGUGACCACACCUCGUGUUUUUUUUAUCUUUCUUCGUUCCCACUUGUGAAUCCGCGGAUGUGGCAUCGGGUCCCUAAAUUAGAGCUUGCGUGUGACUUUCCUAUUUUAUUUCAUUGCCAUUCUCUUUUGUGUUAUAUAUAGAGUGUAAAGCACUUAUAUCACACUUUCAUCCAAAAUAUAAAACUUUUUUUUUUGGUAGAAAAGCUCCCAAAAACGGUUAAGGAAUUUUUAGUCUUUGAUCCAAACAGGCUCAUCGUAGAAAUCCUCGUAACUCCCUUUCCCUCUGUGGAGGAAGUGGAUACGGUUUUCAUUCUCCAAAUUUUAUGUCUGUAACUCGUUUGUUCUUUUCUCUUUCAAAGGGAAUACAGGCAUUCUUCAAAGGAGUUCUUCAGUUCAAUGACUUCACCUUUCUCUUGGAUUUCAAUGGAGGAGCAGGGUUUUUAUUCUGAGAAACCAUACACCAACUCUGAGCAGAUAGACCUUACUCUCAAGCUUUCUCCCUGUGGUCAAAAUGCAGAAGAAAAAAAGAUGGUGCUGGCAAGGUCAUCAUCAUCAAUGGUUGUGGAGGAAGCCAAGAACACUAUGGGGACAAAUGCAGAAGAAGAAAAGAUGGUGAUAGUAAGGUUUGGGGACUUGCAAACAAUGAGAAGAGUGAGGACUGGGAAGAGAUUAUUAAUGAAGAAGAAGCUAAUGGCUGCGGCUGCUGAGGCAAAGAAGUCUCUUCCAGUGUCUCCGGCCGGUGGUCCUCAGCCUCUACCUCACUCAAUUGAUAACAAUUUCAAGACAUUUGCAAAUCCUUGUCGGGAUGCAUGGCAUGAGGGAGCUGGUUCCAACUUCCAGACACCACCCAAGAAGGAAAAUGAUUCCAUGCUUUCAUCAGUAGCAAUUCAGGAAAUGACACCGUGGCCCUCUGAUACUAUGAUAGAGAGGCCAGCCAAAAAGCCUAAGCAUGUUAAUUCCUAUCAGGAAAGUGAGGCAACGGACAUUGUGAGACAAAUGCCUUGUGUGAUUACAACUGGAGGUGGCACAACUGGGAAGAGAACAGAAGGGCUUUUGUACAAGUAUAAGAGAGGCCAAGUUUGUAUUGUAUGUGUCUGCCAUGGCAGCUUCCUCUCCCCAACGGAAUUCGUGAUGCAUGCUGGUGGUAAGGAAGUGGCAGAUCCCAUGAAACACAUCACUGUUUGUUCUGAUUUAGUUUAUAUCAAUGGAGAUGGGGCUGGUUUAUCACCAGGGCCGUGGAAACCAUAAGGCCAAUCAGACCUUUGUCUUAGGCCCCCAAGAGUUUUUUUUUUUUUUUUACAUUUUUAAUAUUUUUUGUCAAUUUAAAUUAUUAAGUGGUAAAUUUUAUUAAGAUAUG